GUCAGGCCCGCCUGGGCGCCGGGCCCGUCCCCGCCAUCCCGGGAAGGGGGGGGGACGACACCGGGGGGGAACCGGGGCCGUCGCUCCCUCGGGCCCGGCCUCUCCUCUCCGCCUCGCCUCGCCUCCCCUCAUGCGCGCUGCGCCGCCGCCGCUGCUCCCCGCGCUCCUCCUGGCGCUGGCGGCCGCCGCAGGAGCCGCAGCUCUUGCCCCUGUUCUUUGCCUCUGGUUUUGUUGGUGAGGAUAUCACAGUGAUGUCUGCAUUCAACCUGCUGCAUUUGGUGACAAAGAGCCAGCCAGUGGCCCUGCGAGCCUGUGGGCUUCCCUCAGCUUUCCGUAAUUUGUAUCACCAGAGACGUACUAUUACAGAUGGCUCUUCACAUGAUCUGAAAGAAAAUAAAAGGUCAUGUAGGGAUAAAAAAGACUGUAAGGUGGUCUUUUCCCAGGAGGAGCUGAGGAAGCGGCUGACACCCUUGCAGUACCAUGUCACUCAGGAGAAGGGGACCGAAAGUGCCUUUGAGGGGGAGUACACACAUCACAAAGCUCAAGGAAUAUACAAAUGUGUUGUUUGUGGAACUCCUUUAUUCAAGUCAGAGACGAAGUUUGACUCCAAUUCAGGUUGGCCUUCCUUCUAUGAUGUGAUCAGCCCCGAUGCAAUUACUCUCACUGAUGAUUUCUCCUAUGGGAUGCAUCGGAUUGAAAUAUCCUGCAGUCGGUGCGGGGCUCACCUGGGGCACAUUUUUGAUGAUGGACCUCGUCCAACUGGCAAACGGUACUGCACAAACUCCGCUUCCUUAUCCUUCAAACCAGCAGAGAAGAGCAACGCCGGGGAAGGCAGCAGUAGCACCAGUCCUGCCCCGACAGGCAAAGCUGAGCUGUAGGACAGCGCAAGCCCCACGAAAAGCUGCUCUGAUCCCACACAACUUACAAGGAAUGUUUGCUAAGUUGCCUGCUACCUUAUAUCCUAAGAAUGUGUAAACGUAUGAAGGAAGAAUUUUGCACCAUCCUUUUUCUUCCUCUCCUUUCUGGAACUGAGGCCUUGCCUGCCAGUGCAUUUUACUAUAUUAUUGGGUUGAAAAACGUGUUGACUGACUCCACAGGUUUUCUUUUUUUCUUUCUUUUCUUUCUUUUUUAUUUUAUUUUUUUUUAAUAGAUUGCUUUAAGGUACCCUUAACUCAAGAGGCUUUGGCACUAUGAGUUACUAGUUUCUCCUUAGUGCUGCAUUGCUCUAGGUUUGAACAGUAAUCCUUGUGUGGGAGACGGGAAUCGUGUUUAUCUCCAGCUUAUAGGAAACUUCUGGGCAUAAGAAAUCCUGAAUUCCCAGCACAUCUACGCUUUGUUCUGACUUGUGAGGCAUGCAGCCUUUGGUCAUAUGUAUUCAGCCAUCUCCCGGUAUCAGCCGCACCCUGCAAAAACUUGUAUUUAUGGCUGUUCCUUCCCAACUAGAAGAGAUGGAUCAGAUGUAAAGCCCAUCCUUUGGCUAAUUCCCUGCCAACAUUUCAAGGGUGUGGUUGAAAGGGUGUAAACAUUGUCUCAGCAUCUAUUUUUUCCCUUUUGUUUGGUAUUUAAAUCAAGGUUUUUAACUAGUAAGGCUCACUUAUGCAGGCUACUAAUGAGCCUUUGUCUUCUUCUGAGGCCUGAAAUCUGAAUGAAAGCUGAAAUCUGCAGGGGGCCAUUAUAUGGGCAAGUGCAGAGAUAAACUGGAGAACUGAAGAAGAUGCAGAUUGACACUGGGCUCUUUAUCCCGUCAAGGUUUCAGAAACAGGACAGUUUCUGCUAAAAGGGAGUUUAAGAGUGCAGCAGGAAGAGGGAGACCCUCUGGAAACACAGAGUUUUAAGGUGUAGUUGGCCUGGAUGUGUGCUGCCUACAAGGGCAGAGCCUUCAUUUUGGGCAACUGCAACGUAGGACAUGAGUGAGGGGGUUGGUUUAAGGAAAAAAAAAUUGAAAAAAGCCUGCAACAAUUAUCAUGUAGUGAAAUUUGCUGUCCCAUAAGAUGCUUUUCACAGCUGCUUUUAGAUUUUGUUGGAUAAGUUUGCCUUGAAUUGUGCAUAAUGCUGUUCUUUAAGCUGUUAAGACACAGUAUUUGCUGACACCGCUUUGCCUUUAAGUAUUGCGAGACUUAAUGAAUAUAGUAGUUACUUUUAUUAGCAAACUGCGUAACUAACAGGUUUGAAUCUAAUUUUAUUUCCAGGAGGUGCAAAACAACCACAGAGUUUUAUGGAAGCAGGAUUGAGGUUUUUAUGUCGGUGAUAAUAAACACAUUACCUAAAGUACAAACAUCCUUCGAUUAAAAUAUAGCAACUGUAAAAGCAUGCAGAAUGGCCAGAAUCGCCUUUUUUUUUGAUGACAUAAGAACUGCAUGAAAAAAAAGCAUACAGUACCUUAACAUAGAAUAGAUGCAAAUAAUUAAAGAUGAUAAAUAUUCAGGGCUGAAGCACUUGGGCUCUGUGGUGGUGAGCACCUACUCGCGUGAGUAUUCCCCCAGGUGUCACGCAAGGAAUUGCUCAUCAGCAGGAGGAGAGGCUGAUGCCGACUGACCUUGGCUGCUUCAAGGCAGUUGCAUUUCUCCUGGUCCCAUUGCUUUUUAGCAAUUUCUUGUAGAGGGACUGCUCUUAUCCCUCGCUUUUAUUUAAAGUAAAGUAGAUUUUCUCUACCACAUUUUCUGACAUAAACGUAAAAAAGGCAGCAUCUAUAAAAAUGUGGUACAUAAAUGU